AUGAGCCAUGAUUUCUACUACUCUGAGCCUUCUUCUCCACAAGAAACUCACUCGGUGACGCCUUCUCUGUUGGAUUAUCUGAAAGACGAGUUGAGCUGCGUAGACGCGGCGGAGACGGAGAACUACAAAUCAGAGCGAGUUUCAAACUUCUUAAAGAUUCCACUAGCGAUUGAGAAGGUCAUCGCAUUUGGCAGCCUCGUCUGUCUCGAUUCAUUCCUGCACACGUUCACUAUCCUCCCAUUGCGGGGACUUAUAGCUGUGAAGAAUGCACCCAAGCGUCUCAACGCUUCACAGAAGUCUGACAUUCUCAAACUUACCUUGUUUCUCCUUCUCUCAACUUUCCUGUUGUUAUACACUGAGCCAUCACGUAUGUACCACGGUGUACGCGGACAAGACAACGUGAAGCUGUAUGUAAUAUUCAACGCGCUCGAAAUUGCCGAUCGGCUGUGUUGUUCAAUAGGGCAAGAUAUCCUCGAUACGCUAUUCUCGCGCGCAAGUCUAACGCAAGCACCCACGACGACGCUUGUAGUGUAUCUACUACUAGCGCUGGUUUAUGGCAUUGCACACUCUCUGGUUUUCCUCUACCAACUAGUCGCGCUCAAUGUCGCCGUCAACAGCUACGAUAACGCUCUGCUCACUCUGCUAAUAAGCAACCAGUUUGUCGAGAUAAAGGGAAGUGUGUUUAAGCGGUUCGAUAAGGAAUCCCUCUUCCAGAUAACUUGCGCAGAUAUAGUUGAGCGUUUCCAACUAAUGCUGAUGCUAGGCGUGAUUGCUUUCCGCAAUCUGAUCGAGCUGAGUGGAUCAGACUUUACAUACCUGCCUAGCGCAUUCAUAAGGUCUAACACUCAGCUUGAAAUGAUUUUCUCACCUGUCUUGCUCGUCAUCAUGUCCGAGAUGGCCGUUGACUGGCUCAAGCAUGCCUUCAUAACGAAAUUCAUGCACAUACGCCCGAGUAUCUACGCCCGCUUUAUUGACCUGCUAGCUGGGGAUUUGGUCCCAGAGAGCGUGGGCAGGAAGGGACGGAGUUUGAGCUCAGGCUCCAGCUCGCCGGGAGGACUAUCCGCGCGCAUCAGCCGCCGACUCGGCUUCGCGUCUAUACCAAUGGGGGCGUUUGUGGUGCGUGUUAGUGUACAGGCGCUCGGGAUGCUCAACGAUAGUUCAACUAUUGAUGAAUGUGCGCCAUCUUCACAUUCAAAUGGGAUGUCACAAGAUGUUGCACAUGAGUUGACACAUUCAAUAUCACACGUUACUCUUCAGUGGUGCUUGCGGUUGCUUGUUGGCGUCGUCGCAUGGCUCGUACUCCUCGCAGUCAAACUCCUCCUUGGCGUCCGCUUACACGCUUUAGCCCUUCACCGCCAAACUGAUACUGCAGCGCGCACCGCUGAGGAUGUCCUCACUAACUUGCAGACUCCAAUAGGGGAGAGCGAGGCAUAUAAGGACCAGCGCAUUGAUACUAAAAUCAGCCUAUCGUCACAUGCUGACGACGUCCCAAACGCCCCAAAGGGCAAGAUACCCCUCGAACAACUAUCCAGAUAUGACAUGGUGAAGCGGAUCUGGUAG